CUCUCUCUCUCUCUCUCUCUCUCUCUCUCUCUCUCUCUCUCUCUGUCUCUUUGUCCUUCUGUCCCUCUCUUCAUUUCUCUUUUUCAAUCACUCUAUUUCCAGUGUGUCUUUUCUUGCUGUAAGUGGAAACUCCUCAGUGAGAGCAGACAUGGCCAGUGGAGGGAUGCAGCUCGUCGGCUUCUCGUUGGCAUUUCUGGGCUUCGUGGGUUUGAUCAUCUCCACCACCAUGACGGAGUGGAAAAUGUCCUCGUACGCAGGGGACAACAUUAUAACAGCUCAGGCCGUGUAUGAGGGACUGUGGCAGAGCUGCGUCUACCAGAGCACCGGCCAGUUACAGUGCAAAGUCUUCGACUCGCUCCUGCAGCUUCCCAUGGAGGUCCAGGCGGCUCGGGGCUUCAUGCUGUCUGGGAUCCUACUGUGUGGCAUUGCCGUGAUGGUGGCCUCGGUAGGGAUGAAGUGCACCAAGUGCCUGGAGGAUGACAUUGAGCUCAAAAACAAGGUGGCUGUGGCAGGAGGAGCCGUGUUCGUCAUCGCCGGAAUCUGUGCUUUCGUUGCUACGAUCUGGUACGGAGAUAACAUCAGACGUCAGUUCUUUAACCCCUUUACGCCGACUAAUGCAAAGUACGAGUUUGGUAAAGCUCUGUAUAUCGGAUGGGGAGCGUGUGCCCUCACGGUGAUUGGAGGAAGCCUGCUGUGCUGUAACUGCGGCAAGAGUUCAGGAGGAACAGCGGCUCGUUACCCGGCAGCCCGACCGACCCAGCCCUCUCAGCCCGGCUACGUCUAACCGUACACAGCCGUGUCUCACAACAAUCAAGGCUUAGUUUUCAAACAAACACACAAUUAUCAAGAACAUCAAACCGGAAAUCCUUGUUAUAAUUGAUUGAUUGUUUAGAAUGAUGCACCAUAUGGACAAAAGCGUGUGUAUAACAUUGCUUAUUGAACAUCCCAUUCAUUAUUUAGUCCCCAUUUAUUCUCUGUUUUAAUGAGCGCCACUCUUCUGGGAAGAUGUUCCACUAGAUUUUGUUGAGAUUUGAGUAAGAUCUCAUUUAGACACCUGUGUGUUAAAGUCAGGUACUGAUGUAGGUGAGCUGAGGAGGUCUGGGUUGCAGUUCACAUUCAUCAUGUUUAGGGUUGGAGCUCUUUAGCAGGAAAUCUUCCACAUCUUCCAACCCAAAGCUGGAUGUGUGCACAGGGGCAUCAUCGUGCGGGAAUAGGUUCGGGUCUCCUAUUUUGCAAGAAAUGAAAAUUUCCUUCUACCACAUCAAUGUUUUAUACAGUUGUGCACCUCCAACUUUGUGGAGAAAAAAACAUAUAUGGGGUGAAAAAGUCAGGUGUCGUGAUACUUUUAUCCAUAUAGGGUAUCGUUUAGAGAAUCUUCUUUCUGUAGAAUUGUAACGUUUUCCACGAACGUGAUUUUUAUGUAUAAACAAUACAAAAUAAAACAAGAAAAAAAACUUUUUUAUGAAAA